CAACCGCAACUACAACUGCAGAUACAACCACAGAUACAAUCACAGAUACAACCACAGAUAAAAGCACAGAGAAAACCGAAGGUACAACCAAAGAGCUAACAGAUACAACCACAGAGCCACCCGCAGAGCCAACCGCUUCUAUACCAAGCAUAUCUGUGUCACAAGAUGUUAAAAUGAGUACUACAAAAUCAAUUUCAGAAACUCCUACACAAAGUAUAUCUACAUCACAAGGAUUUGAAACAAGUACUGCAUGGUAUAACUUACAUACCUCUACACCAAGUAUAUCUACUUUACAGCAAUCUGAAAAAAGUAUAACAUUGUUCAUUUCACAAACUCCUACAGCAAGCAUAUCAACUUUACCAGGAUCCAAAGCAAUUACAACAGAAUCAUCCACACUAAGCAUUUUCAGCAAUAGAAGUCCUGAAACAUUUAGCACUGUGUCCAUUCUGGAAACAUCUACACCAAGUCCAACUAAGAACUCCAACUCACCGUUAACAACGCCUUCAGCUUGUGAUGGAGUAACUGUCACUAUUCAACUAAAUAAAGUUACCAGUGAUCAGAUUAUACUAGUAGUCAUCGCUCGAGGAGAGAGCAACGGAGCUCUGUACAAUGUUUCCUUGUCAAAUGGCACUGACCUUUUAUCAUCGAAUCAAACACAAUCCAGGUCUGAGGUGACAUUCGUGCAACUGAAACCUUCCUUUCAGUAUCAAGUGUUUGUACAACAGUUGUCUUGUCCGCACAAUGACAUUUAUAACAGCAGCAUCUGGACAGCCGGAGUAUCAUUUUCUGCAAAAGUUACGAUAAAUGAAGAAUUCAACGAACAAUUUAAAAAUAUAAGUAGUGCUGAAUAUAAAAAUUUCACUGACAACUUUAUACAAGAGGUAACAAGCAAUCUGGAUCAGAAAAGCAAAGAAUUGGUUAAUUCUGGGAAAAUGCGCAUCGACAUCACCAGUAUUGAACAAGGAAGUGUUGUUGUAAACUUUAGCAUUGCCACGGACCCAGCCGAAAACUUGACUCUAAGUGAUAUUUCCACCACUUUUUCAGAAGCAUUAGAAAACAGCACUCUUCAAUUAGAUUCAUUUAAUUUUACAGAAACAGACAUAUGUGUCUCUGGACAAGCUGGUUGCUCGCAAUUUGCCACAUGCACUAGUUAUAGCUUGGUUCCUUGUCAGUGUUUGCCAGGAUAUAGCGGUACCAGCCCCAGUGUCCCUGGAAGAUUUUGUGAAGGCUUUAUUUGCUGUGGGGCAGAUUUUGGUGUUAACUGUAUAGAACCAUCUCGUUAUGGGUGA